UUUAUAAUUUCUUCCACGAAUGACCAUGUAAUUAUUGAACAAGUACAUGCGACGUAUAAACAAACCAUAUAAAUACACCAGUAGAAGAGACACUUCACUCAGUUUGCUAGUAUCUGCCGGACUCGACAAUAAACGUAUGAAUACAAUUACAACACAAUUCUUCUGGUAAUCUUAUUGUUUGUUAUUUUAUUUAAGUUAUUUGCAGAAAUAAGUGAUUUCUAAUAGAAAAAUUAUUAUGGACGAACCGAGAUCUGAAGUUCAGUCCUUCUACAAGGAUAAAGUCAUUUUUAUUACCGGCGCUUCCGGUUUUAUGGGCAAAGUUCUCAUGGAAAAAUUACUGUACAGCUGCUCUGAUCUCAGUAAAAUCUAUAUCCUCAUGCGAGACAAGAAAGGCCGCAGUUGGGAAAAUCGAUUUAAGGAUAUGUUCAACACGCCAUUAUUUCAAAGACUACAGGAACAGAAAGCACAAAUUUUUAAGAAAGUAAUACCACUAAAUGGCGAUAUAUUAUCAGAUAAUUUAGGUCUUACUACCGUACAGCGCGAGUGUUUGAUACAGGAAGUAAACGUAGUAUUUCAUUUAGCCGCGAGUCUUAGAUUGGAGGCGAAAAUGAAAGACUCUAUCAAAAUGAACACGAUGGGUACACACAGAGUACUAAAGUUGGCAAAACAAAUGAAACACUUGCAAGUUUUCGUACAUUUAAGUACGGCUUAUUGUCAUGUCGAUCAAGACGAACUUGGCGAACAUAUUUACGAUUCUCCUCAUGAUCCUCAUGAUAUCAUGAGACUCGUUGAAUGGCUGGACGAAGAAGCUAUCGAUCUUAUUACACCUAAAUUAUUAGGUUCGCAUCCAAAUUGUUACACGUAUUCAAAACAUCUUACGGAAACAUUGGUGACCAAUGAAUACCCUAAUCUUCCGUGUAUUAUUGCUAGACCUUCCAUCGUAUUUCCUAUUUUAUUGGAGCCAGUCCCAGGAUGGGUUGACACUUUAAAUGGAAUUGGAGGCAUAAUUGUCGGCGCAGGCAAAGGUGUUAUUAGAUCGAUACAUUGCAUACCAACUUACUGUGCCGAAAUUAUUCCAGUCGACAUUGCAAUUAAUGAUUUAAUUGUCUUAUCAUAUAUGAUUGGUACCAGCAAAAUAAAAUCAAAAAGUAUACCUGUGUACAACAUAACACACGGAAAUGUAAGGCCCAUUACAUGGGGUGAAAUGUUAGAGAAAGGCAGGAACAUCUUUUAUGAUUAUCCUUUCGAAGGACAGGCUUGGUAUCCGGAUGGUGAUAUACGUACCAACAAAUAUGUGCACAACUUAUUUGUUUUUUUCUUUCACAUCAUUCCUGCGUAUUUAAUCGAUUUUCUCAUGUUGAUAUUUCGACAGAAGAGAUUUAUGGUCAGAAUUCAAAAGCGAAUUUCAGUCGGUCUGGAAGUAUUGCAAUACUUUACCACGAGGAAUUGGAAAUUUUGUAACGAUAAAAGGAUUGCUAUGGCCAACAAACUAUCACCAGCAGAUCAGAAAAUAUUUCCCAGUGCAAUUCAUCAUCAUGAUGAAGACAAAUACUGCAAGGAUAUAAUUCUUGGAAUACGGCAAUACUGUAUGAAAGAAGAUCUAUCUACUUUGCCAAAAGCCCGUCGUCAUCAAAAAGUAAUGUAUGUUAUCCAUAUCACGACGGUGUAUUUAUUUUACUUUGGAAUAUUUUAUUGUAUUUACAACACUUGCGAAAUAGUGAAAAUCUUGGUGAAGUAUCCCCGAUAGCCAAAUGAUAGCAGUAUGCCAGCAGUAUGCACGCAGGUUUAAUCAGCACUUUGCAGCAGAUUCCACU